CUUUCCACAGAGCUGCCCUGCACCGAGACCAUCCCGAAGCCGCUGGAAAUCGGCUCCCGCUGCAGCAAGACGCGGAGGCCAGCGCAGGCUUAGCGCUUCCCGUUCCCCCCCGGAGCAGCGAACUCGAGAGGAAAGAGACGCUGUUGCUACCGCCGAAAUGCAACGCGGGGAGGAGCGCGGUUGGCUCGGGACUCCCUCCUGCUCGGCAGUUUUUUUCCUCCUUUCGUGCUGCGCCUGGGGGUGAUCCUGUGAAGAAAACGGAUAUCUUUAUUGCUGUAAAAACAUGCCGGAAAUUCCAUGGAGACAGAAUACCUAUUGUGAAGCAAACCUGGGAAAGAGAAGCCACUUUCAUGGAAUACUACAGUGAUUAUGCAGAAAGUUCAAUACCUACUGUUGAUAUAGGAGUACCAAAUACCGAAAGAGGUCAUUGUGGAAAGACUUUUGCCAUUUUGGAAAGAUUUUUAAAUCAUAGUCCUGCUAAAAUGCCUUGGUUAGUCAUUGUGGAUGACGAUACCUUGAUAAGCAUCUCUAGGCUCCAGAAAUUACUCAGUUGCUAUGACUUAAGUGAGCCAGUGGUUCUCGGGGAACGCUAUGGCUAUGGUUUGGGAUCAGGAGGCUAUAGUUACAUUACUGGUGGAGGAGGAAUGGUCUUCAAUAGAGAAGCAGUCCAAAAACUGUUUGCGAGCAAAUGCCGGUGCUACAGCAAUGAUGCCCCUGAUGAUAUGGUAAUUGGAAUGUGCUUCAAUGGUUUAGGAAUUCCAGUUACACACAGCCCUCUCUUCCAUCAGGCUCGCCCAAUGGAUUACCCGAAGGACUUUCUAUCCCAUCAAGUUCCAAUAUCAUUUCAUAAACACUGGAAUGUUGAUCCAGUAAAGAUUUAUUUCACCUGGUUGGCUCCAAAUGUACAAGAUUUAGAAUAUGGAAGCAAACAUGUCAGAGAGGAUUUAUAAGCUGUGAAAGUAAUUAAAUAUUGUUAUGGUCUUAAUAUUUAGAAUGUAGAUAAAAUUUAUUGCUCUAUUUAUAAUUAUUUGUUGCCCACAUUGUACGAGACAAUAUGGGCACAAUCCAGUACCACUUUUUGGCACAGUAUGCUGCUUUUUUUUUUUUUUUGACCCCUAUAAUUGGUAUCCCAUAAUUAGAACCACUGUUUAGGGAUAUAGUGUCUGUGCACAAGGCAUUUAACCUCCCCACUGCCACAUUGUGCAUUAUUUUGUGUAGGUACUAAUGAAGGAUAGGUUGGAAACAAGUUUAUAUUAAAUCUUGUGAGUAUACAGGAUCCACAGUUAUUACUAGACCGUGCUCUGAAUAUUGCUGCUCUAAAUCAAAUGGAUGGACUUUUAUUUGUGCACUUAUUCCUUCUUUUUAUUGGCCUUAAAGUUUUAAAAUUAAUGCUUCUGUCCUAGAAUUUUGUAAGCAUUACUUCCUAUAAGAUGAUAAGAUCUUUGCCAAUUCAUCAACAAGUUUUUCUUUGUUCUCUCUAAUUCUUUUGCUUCCCAAAGAAAAGGAUACAUUCUGAAGGGGGGGGGGAAUACAAUACCACAUCCACAUAUACACAUUUUAUCUCAUGUAAUCAUUUUGCAAUUGUUUAAAAUAGGAACAGUGGAAUAGGAUAAAAUGUUUUUCCAGAAUCUGAGUAAAAAGUAUUGCCCUCAUUUUGUUUCUUCAUCUAGCAAGGUUUCACUGCCGUGUGACAAUAACACGGCAUUCCAUUCCCCAUAAGAACUUUAAUUGCUUGGAAUCAAUUCAAGAAGCAGCAGUUACUGGCAAGGAUUGAACAUGCUUCAAAAAUGGUUAGGAAGAAAUGUUUCACCUUCACAGCAGCUCAGCAUUUUUUAUUUUUUGAUACUCAUUAAAACAGCUCCUUUUUUCAAGCUUCUGUGGAAGUCUUCAUCUGCUUUAAGAGCUUUUGUGUUGUGCUUGACCAAACAUCCAAAGCACUUCUGUUGAAUCAUUUUUAAAUGUACACAGCUCUACUG